AUGCUAGUUUUUAGAAGAAGGAUAAUUCCAUUCCCAUUAAAGAGAUUCGUCAGCAGUGAUGACGACGAUGUACUUUUUGCGAACGACAAAAUCGAGUCAAAGCAUAACCCCAAGUCCAACUCUCCCUUCAGAAUUGCACUCAGGGUUCUGGGAAGGAUUGUCUUUUAUGGUAGCGUCUGCUUAUACGGAUACACUUAUUACACCUACAAGCACCAACAAGACCCAGAAAAUCAAAUGCUAAUCAACCCUUACUUUCUCUCAGCUGUAAAGUGGACUGAUACACGUGUCAAGGCAGUUUAUUCUUUAUUUGUGGAUCCUCCGCUUGACAAAUUGCUGCCAGACUUGGUUUUGCCUCCAGGAUAUAUGAAGCCAAAAACACUUGUACUGGAUUUAAGAGGCACCCUUGUCUCUACAGAGUACGUCUUCGGAAAAGGCUUUGAAGUAAUGAAGCGGCCUGGCCUGUCUGAUUUCUUAAAUCGUAUGGCUCGCAUGUACGAAGUCGUCAUUUUUAGCGACGAAGAGACCUUUCUCACAUCUCAGCUGACAGAUUCUUUGGACCCAAGACAUAUGAUUUUUACGGCAAGGCUUGGCAAAGAAUGCUUAGUACCCUCUUAAAAGCUCACAAACUAAUUUGAGAACUCUUAGAGGGUUAAUUUAUUGAAAUUAUAAUUAUUGAAAUAUAAAAAAAUUAAAUUAAAUAAUCUAAAUUUAAUAGAAUUAGCUAGAUAAAAUAAUUAUAAUUUUAAUUAUAUAUAAGUAUUUUAUAAAAAAUAUUAAUUAUUUCUAUGCAUUUUUUCAAUCUUAUAAAUGGGUUAGCUUAUAGGUCAGGAGAGUUCAUUAAAGAUUUAGAUUACCUUAACAGAGAUCUGAAAAAUGUAAUUAUCAUUGAAAAAGACCCUGCAAGAGUCAAGAAACACCCUGAUAAUGCUAUUUUGCUACCUGAAUUCAAAGGAGACGUUUCGGAUAACAGUUUGCCUGAGCUGACUCCUUUUCUUGAGCAUUUGGUAAAAGAUAAUGUGCAGGAUAUAAGAGAAGAACUCAAUAAAUAUGGGCAUACAGAAACAGGCAAAAAAUACUUGAAAAAGAUCGCAGGACUUAGAGACCAAGUCUUACUGCAACAGCGAAAAGGGCUUGGAGGGUUUUUAUCUAAAAAUAAAACCUUCAGCAACAAAAAAGCCAAUGUGGAGCCACUUGAAGAUCUGGUUCCAAAGCCAGGAGAUUAG